AUGAUAAAAGAAGAACGGAAACGUCUAGAAGAAAAAGAACGCUUAGAAAGAGAACGAUGCAUAACAGAGUUGCGUCGACUGCACUCGUAUCAUCAAUCUCUAUGCAAUAGGACAAACUCUUUACCAGAAAUAAGCAAAAACACGAAGAAGAUUAAUAAAAGUAAACUUUUAAGUAAAGUUGAGCCUUCAAAUGAAGCUAAACCUUAUAGUAAAGCUAAAUCUUCAAGUAAAGCUAAGCCUUCAAGGAAAUCUGAACCUUCAAGUAAAGUCACGCCUUUAAGUAAACCUGAACCUUCAAGUAAAGCUAAAUCUUCUAGUAAAGCUGAACGUCCUAGUAAAGCUGAAACAAGUAAAGUUAAGCGGAAAUCGCGCUCUGUAAAUGCAAACACAUAG